UAGCCUGCCAACUCAUACCAAAAUCAUCAUGCGCAAGUUGAUCAUGGCGAUACUGUUAUCACAUUGUAUCGCUCCCAUUUUUGAUGGAAUGGUAUACAGGUUCGAUCACUGCCUUCACAUCGCUGACUUCGGACUGAGCCAACUGGGAAUUCCACAAUACAUCUACAGAGUUAUUGUAGGUUAUAGCCUAAACCCGUGUAACCAAUUGUCUGCUUCAUACUGUUUCAUGGCAUUGUAUGUAGUGAUUGUGCCCAACAGCCAAUCAGCUGCCGAGUUGGAAUCGACUGGUGCCAGAGUGUGUCAUUGACACCGUCAGGUUCACGAUACGUGCCAUCACCUUUGUCAAUCAAUAACAAAAUACAUGUAUCGCACUGCGCCCAGCCACGGCACCUGUUAGUUUAAAAAGCACCGAUGCGAAACAGUUUUUGUAAGAAGUCUGGCGUUAUAUCCCCCUGCCGAGUCUGGUUGAACAUUCUGUUUAAGUGAUUUUACGGGAGCCAGUUGUGUCUCCGGACAGCCUGGAAUCUGCCUGUGGCCGAACAAAUCAGAAGUUUGCUGGACAACAUCCCCGCAUCUUGCUGGCGUAUCAAGCGUCCGAGAAACUCAUCUCCUAACAGAACACUUGGCACAUCGUUCCAGCAACCCCUGUCCAGUCAAUUCAGGCAGCCCCCUUUGCAAGGUUGGUGAGAUUCUUUCUGCGAUCAACUGAAAGUUCUUUCUAGUUUACUUGUUAGACUGGUUGGAUCGCUCACAUCACAGUCCAAUCAUGCAACUAGACGAAGCCCUGCGCUACCUCGGCAACUUCGGCCGGUAUCAGACGCUGGUCUACGUUCUCUACUGCCUGGUCGGUUGUGUGUUCUCAGCCUGCCAGAUGAUGGCCAUGGUCUUCAUCGCUGACAAGCCGGCCGGUUACCGGUGCACGGCUCCUCUUGCUGCCGGUGAUGCGGGCGAUGUGAUCAACGGCUCGUACUUUGCGAACGUCUCUGCGAACCGCGUUCAGGAUGGUAUCAACUCAUCAGUCGGGUUUAGUGACGUCGCAGAAUGCUUUGUAAAUAGCUCAGAGACUGGAGACAGCACUGCUUGCACUGAGUGGGAGUACUACUUCGAGUAUGGUGAAAAGACAGCAGUUUCUGACUUCGACCUGGUGUGUGAUAGAGCCGUCCUUGGUAGCACAGCUCAGUCCAUCUUCUUCGGCGGUGUUCUGGUCGGGUCGCUCGUGUGCGGGGCCUUGUCCGACAUACUGGGGAGGAAGACGGUGCUGGUCGGUGCCAUGUUCCUGGAGGGCGUCUUCGGCAUUUGCAUAGCCUUCGCGCCGAGCUACACCGUGUUCGUUGCUCUCUGGUUCUUCGUCGGGGCGAUGGAGCAGGGUCUCAAUUUGACUGGGUUUGUUUACGUCAUGGAGUUGUUUACUCCAGAGAAGAGGACCCUAGCCGGCUGCCUAACAGGCGUGGCUUGGGGUGUGGGUGUGGUCCUGAUCACCCCCUACGCUUACCUGCUGAGAGACUGGCGACACAUGGAAAUAGCUGUGUCUGCGACUUUCUUGGUCGUCGCGCCUCUGUCACUAUGGAUUGUGUCAGAAUCCGUCCGCUGGUUAGUGUCUAAGGGUCGCACAGAUGCCGCCGAGAAAGUCCUUCAUCGCAUCGCGAGGCUGAACAACAUCAAAGCGCCCGAGCGAUUCUUGAAGGACAAUGACGUCGUCUUGCUAGAAGCUGGAGAGCCAAGAGUUAAGCAUGCCCCGUCGGAUGUCAACGAGAACACCGAUGACGACGAUACGGAACCCAACGACAAAGGAGUAGGAACCGAAGUCAAGAUUGACACCGAAAUGCGCGCGUGGAAGUCGGCCGAUAAAUUCCGAUUGACUGAGUGGAGGAAGACACCGCUAUUGUUUCGUAAUGCCUUCAUCAUGUGUUUCAGUUGGUUGGUCAGUAGCAUGGUGUACUACGGCAUGUCGCUCAACAGCUCCAACCUCGCUGGGGAUAAGUACCUCAACUUCUUCCUCAUUGGACUGGUCGAGGUCCCAGGCUAUCUUGUGCUCUACUUCUUGAUUGAAUGGUGGGGUCGCCGCCCAUCUCUGAGCAUGUCUCAUUUCAUCGCGGGGAUCAGCAGCAUCAUCUGUGCGUGCCUUCCACCAACAACAGAGGAAGGUGCAGAUUUCACCCCAGCUAUCUUGGCCUUUGCUCUUAUUGGUAAAUUCUUCAUUACCAUUAGUUUUGCCGUGGACUACGUGUAUGGCUCUGAAAUCUUCCCAACAUCAAUACGAAACAUGGGAGUUGGUGUGUCUUCGUUUUCAGCAAGAAUUGGUGGGAUGUUGGCUCCUUUCGUAGUGUACCUGGCUGAUGUAAGUCCUUACAUACCUCUGAACGUGUUCGGCAUAGCGUCUGUGCUCGCUGCGGCGCUAGUUUUACUCCUUCCCGAGACAGCCAAGAAGCCGCUACCUGAGACCGUGGCUGACGGUGAGUGGCUGGCCCGCUCGGCCGUCCCGCCCAGGUUACCCAGGUGUCUGCAGCUCGGUCGGCAACAGAGGUUCGACACCAAUGGAUACGAGGCUGCCAAAUCCACAGCGUGAGGAAAAUAAAAAGGGUCUAUGAAGACCUCCGCGGACAAACUGUCAUUUGAUCGUUUUAAAUUUCACUAGUUUGCCAAUUAUGCGACAUGGGAUGUAAAAAUGGAAUCAAAUUCCCAUUGUAGAGGUUAACUUUACUGACCUCUCAAAUGAAUGUUUUAAUACUGUCAAAUGAUGGAGUUAUGUGUAAUGUACAUUUAAGAACCAACAACUAUAAUCUGGCACCCUUGCGUCCUGAACGAAAAGGAACGUGGACAUUAUUGCCUGUGUCUUUAUUUGAUACUAUUCUGCUUUGAAGGUUUUGUUUACAAAGAUAACUCUUUCUGUAUUUCCUCAAGUUGUCUGACAUUGUCAAAAGACGAACAUGGAUUGGAGCAUGAAGCCUGUUUCCACAUAUUUUUUUAAAAUAUAGCAUGUAUAGGACACCGAUAACAACAUGCUAGAUUAUAAAGACUUAAGUAAAUGUCAUGUACCGUAAAGUGAGAAAGAUCUCCUAUUUUAAUGUCGAAACACCGUCGUCAGGAAACGUUGCUGAUAUAUUGUCUCAUUCAGGAUGUUAUUAAUUCAACCUUGCGUAGAGUGCCCUCCAGCUUUUUUUAAUGGACAAGAUGUAAUUAUAGACUUAAUUCUCAUAGGUUGGCUAGACUCAUCCUAUGCACUGAGACUACCUUACCGUUUUCGCUUGUUCCACCGUGCUUAGGACAAUUGGGACGGGCUAGGCCUAAGCUUGACAUUGCAUUAAUUUUUCACAGGGUCAAAAAAAUGCUAAAACGACAAUUAACAUGUGAACUGAACUGCAGACGCCACUGAAAAGUGAACUUCUGCGGCAGAAAACAGAAAGGCACGAGUCCUGUGGAAUUAGCAUGUUUUUUAUUACUGUCUGACGAUACACAUCUAAUUUCCUACUGGGAAUGGCUUUAUUGCCAGUUUUGAGGGGAGACUAUAUAGUCGUCGUGACGGUGGAAGCUUCUCAGUAUGUUGAAAUGUCGGACAGUACGGUGCUUCCCGUUUGAAAAUGAAAAUCCUCGAGCUACGAUCAUAGCCUUUAUUCUAUUUGGGUCAUUUUCUCCUGCGUGUGUAAAGAAAAAGUUUGCCUCUGAAUAAGUCCAUACCGAACUGUUUGUCAUCUCAAGGAAAGACCCUUGUGGACAUUGUAUAAAAAUAUAAAGAUUACUUCAGCUAUUUUUUUAUCAUCAGAACAUGAACUUAGUAACCACUGUAUUUUACUGCAUUUUUCGUCGAUGUCUCUUUGUAUGUUGGAAGGAGAUGGAUAUUUUUUUCAUUUAAGAAAAAAGAUUUACAGUUUUCCUCAUAAGACUUCAAUAAUUUUUCUCGAAAUGGGCUUAUCGUCUAAACAUAUUUAUCAGAUAUAGCAUUCAUGCACAAACUGUUUGCACCAUAAAACGUAGGCUUUAUCUGUAUUAUUAUUUACAAAACAUUAAUGAGGGAAAACAUGAUUUGUGGCGAUGCAGCCUGCAGUUAAUUUUUGGUAUAAUGUGAUCUUUACCAGGAGAACCAAGGAAAAGUGGCGGCAUUCGGCGCGCACGUUGCUCAGGUGCCUAAGAAUACUGGCACUCAUGGUAGGCCUAAUAUACCUGGCGGCACGGUGAUCAUGAUUGAAUUUGGGGUUUGCUUUUACCAAAAAGUGCAUCCGAUCGGCUACGAAAAUCGGUCAAAUUAAAAUGAAACAUUGAAAUUAAAAUUCAAAAUUAACAUUCUUAUUAUCUAUCUUGAAAACUUCAUUGAAUACAGCAAUGAUACAUAAUUAUGCACAGCAUCACUACAACUCACUUAUUAAUAGUAAUAGUAAUACUAUACAAAAAAAAUAAGGAAAACAGCACUAUAUCGCACACGAACUCUUUGAUAGAAAAAUGGGGACACCGCACACAGCGCACAAAGUUGACGGAGCCAUGAAGACCUCCGUGGACAAACUGUUACUGAAUUGUUUAAACGUGUUCGCUAGUAUGCAAAUAAAAUGAUAGGGGAUUAUGGUUACUCCUCAGAUGAAAGUAUUAACCCUGACAAAAGUGAUGGCGUUAUGUGUGACGUACAUUUGAGAACCCACAAUUAUAGUCAGGCACCCUUCUCUUUUGCUUUCAUCUCUAUGGUACGUCUAGAACGGAGAGGAACAUGGACAUUGGACCACAGAGGAAGGAACAUCGAUUGGAGAUACCGUGCACGAUAUGGGGCCAAUGGGUACCCCCCCAUGUCUAAUCCCUAUACACACUCUAGACUGUUGUUA